CCCCACUGGGGACUCGUGGUGGUAACCAGAGCAUCAAAUGAAGCUGCCUGAUAAGAAUGGCACAGCAUCAAAUCAGAAGGAAUCUUGUGCCCUACUUUUAAUGGAGAGAAAAGCCCUUUUGGCACGGAUGCUGGCCGGUUUCCCACCCUCUCAUCUCGUGCUUUGCUGCGGAAUCUGCUACACAUUGUCCUUCGGCUUGUUUGAUCUGAUAUAAAUCCUCUUCUGCUGUAAUUCACUGCCCACGGUCCUGCCAAUGAAAACAAGACUCAUCCCUGCAGAGGACAGCUCUAUUCUCCAUAGCCUGCAGCACAACCACGUCCUUCUCCUGUGACCUUCCAGUCAUGAAGUUUCUCUUCCUGUUUCUUGCCAUCCUUCUGGCCAUGGAACCAGUGGUAUCAGAGGAAGAAUGUUGGAUGAAGGGAAAAUGCCGGUUGGUGUGCAAAAAUGAUGAAGACAGUGUCACACGCUGCUCAAAUCGUAAACGGUGCUGUAUCCUUAGUCGUUAUUUGACAAUCGUACCGAUGACAAUUGAUCGAAUGCUCCCUUGGACCACUCCUCAAGUGACACAAGGAGACAGUUAAGGCCAAGCUUGUCAAUACAGGGAAGAUACAUGGAAAUCAUGGAUAGAAAUGACUUUGUUUCCUGUUCUUUAGUUCCUACAUUCCAUUAAAACUUGCAAAUCU